CCCGCCCCCUUGACACGGUCUCGAGCCGCCGCAGCGAGAGCAUCAUCCUCCUGACAGAGACCCGCUCGAGCCGCUGCCGCCCGCCCUGCCCGGCCUCCGCCGCCCGCCCGCUCCCGCCGCCGCCGCCUCCACCGAGGGAAGGGAAGCGUAUCGUAUGUCCGCUAUCCAGAACCUCCACUCCUUCGACCCCUUUGCGGAUGCAAGUAAGGGUGAUGACUUGCUCCCCGGCGGCACUGAGGAUUACAUCCAUAUAAGGAUCCAGCAGCGCAACGGCCGCAAGACCCUCACCACGGUCCAGGGCAUCGCGGAUGACUACGACAAAAAGAAGCUGGUGAAGGCCUUCAAGAAGAAAUUUGCUUGCAAUGGUACUGUGAUUGAACACCCAGAAUAUGGAGAAGUGAUUCAGCUGCAGGGUGACCAGCGCAAGAACAUAUGCCAGUUCCUCAUCGAGAUUGGUCUGGCUAAAGACGACCAGCUGAAGGUCCAUGGGUUUUAAGUGCCUGUGGAUCUCUGACACGUUAAGUGAGAGGACUGCCUUGCAAUGAGUAAAAUCCCAUUCUGUCCCUUGUCAUAAGUUUAAAGCCAGCUGGAUUGUGUAAUGUAACCAUCUGAAGUCCGCUGUCUAGUCUGGACUAGUGUAACUCGGCGAUGUAAUAAACUGGCCAGAGCCAUGCUGUCUCGUCUUGCUGUCCCUCAUUUAAACCGAGGUAAAUCAGGCAGUGUCCAGCCUGAGGCUAAAAAUAACAGAAGUUUGUGUUAAGUCCAGGGACUCAACAUGUCUGUCCAGAGACUGUUUGUCUGAAUCUCUCUUCAGUCCAGCGUCCUUUCCAUUUAAAUGGACUUUAAUACUUGAGGUGCCUAUUGUGGUCCUAAAUGGCAGGAGGCACCAAACAUGAGCUGUGACACUGAAUGGGGAAAUAGCAUCCUGUAGGCAGGGUUGGCUUCUGGAGGUGUCGUGGGCUAGGCGCAAACUGACUGACCAAGAAGAGCAACUGAAGAAAUCUGCCUUAGGCCAUACCUGGAAGAAGGGCUUCUCCAAGGCUGAAUGUCUCGACCUCGGGCCAAGUCAGCUGUUGGUAUCCUUAAACCCAAAGCUACGGGAGUAGAGUGCUCAAAGGAAACAUUACCUUGGGUUAAACUUCUGACAAGGGAUCAAUUUUGGAUCAUUGUAGAUAGAGCUGCAGAGCUUACAUGUUACUAGUAACUGCUGCCCAAUGCCCUGUGAAGCAACAGAUUCUUCGUUUCAGUUUUAAUGUUGUAUGUAAUGUAUUUAAACCCUUAUUUAAAUAAAAAUGGUUUUCAAAAACA